CUACACUUACGUUCACCGGUACUAAGUUACCUAUGUACCUGUGCACAUGUACCAGCUGCAUUCGGAAGUGUGUAUGUAAAUAGUUCACCCCUUUCAACGGUCCAACAUUCCACGAUAUAAUUAGCCCAAACGUGGCGAAUCGGCAGGUGGUGAACCGAAUGCCAUUGAAGCCGAAACAUUCGAGUCUGAAACUGCUCCAGUGCUAAGGGAAUUAACCGGAGCUUGCAUGGUGGGGCGAGAGGUUGAAAAGGGGGUCUGGACUGGUGUCCUCCGGUUAACAGUUGAGGCUGCAAUGGCAAUAAGCUGUAUGAGCUGCAAUGAGCUGCAAUGAAGCUGUGUAGCUGUAUCUAGUUUUAGCUGUAAGUAAGUAUGUAGCUGUAGCUGUAUCUGUGGCGGUCUGAAUACAGUGUGCACUGUGCUGUAGUAGCUGAAAACAGGGGAAUGAAGGCCAGAGAUUAAAUACCUUGACAUAUCACGGGAUCCCCCACCUCUCCUUUAUUAUCUACAUCUUCUCUCCCUCCUCCUCUUUCUCUCCAUCCUGCACUUCAUAUUCUGCAGAAUCUUCCUUCUAUAAUCCAUAAUGGCCUCCAAGGCGAUUCCUACUCAUCUCCGCGCCCCUGUCGACGGUACCGAUUUUGGUGGAAAGCACCACGGCAAGUCUCAGUCGCACAUGGCUUUCGAGAAUGCCUCCACUAGCGUUGCUGCGUCACAGAUGCGUAAUGCCCUCAAUGCCCUGGGCGACAGCGUGACCGACCCCAACGAGAAGAAGCGCUUCGAGGCUGAGAUGGACAACUUCUUCGCUCUCUUCCGCCGUUUCCUCAAUGACAAGGCCAAGGGUAACGCUGUCAACUGGGACAAGAUUGCCCCUCCCCAGCCUUCCCAGGUUAUCGACUACGGUGACCUCGGUGCUGAUGCCUCCGUUGAGUUCCUCAACAAGCUGGCUGUUGUCAAGCUGAACGGUGGCCUCGGUACCUCCAUGGGUUGCGUCGGUCCCAAGUCCGUCAUUGAGGUCCGUGAGGGCAUGUCCUUCCUCGACCUGUCUGUCCGCCAGAUCGAGCACCUCAACCGCACCUUCAACGUCAACGUUCCUUUCGUUCUCAUGAACUCCUUCAACACCGACCAGGACACCCAGUCCAUCAUCAAGAAGUACGAGGGCCACAACGUCGACAUCAUCACCUUCAACCAGUCCCGCUACCCCCGUAUCAUCAAGGACUCCCUCCUUCCCGCCCCCAAGAGCUUCGACGCCCCCCUCCAGGACUGGUACCCUCCCGGUCACGGUGACGUUUUCGAGUCCCUGUACAACUCCGGUACCCUCGACCAGCUGAUCGAGCGUGGCAUCGAGUACAUCUUCCUCUCCAAUGCUGACAACCUCGGCGCUGUUGUGGAUCUCCGCAUCCUCCAGCACAUGGUUGACUCCCAGGCCGAGUACGUCAUGGAGUUGACUGACAAGACCAAGGCCGAUGUCAAGGGUGGUACCAUCAUCGACUCCGAUGGCAAGGUCCGCCUGCUUGAGAUCGCUCAGGUCCCCAAGGAGCACGUCAACGAGUUCAAGUCCAUCAAGAAGUUCAAGUACUUCAACACCAACAACAUCUGGAUGAACGUCAAGGCCAUCAAGCGUGUUGUUGAGGAGAACGAGCUCGAGAUGGAGAUCAUUGCCAACGAGAAGUCCAUCCCCGCUGAUAAGAAGGGCGAGGCGGACCAGGCCAUCUACCAGCUCGAGACCGCUGUCGGUGCUGCCAUUCGUCACUUCAAGAACGCCCACGGUGUCAACGUUCCCCGUCGUCGUUUCUUGCCCGUCAAGACCUGCUCCGACCUGAUGGUCGUCAAGUCUGACCUCUACCGUCUCGAGCACGGCCAGCUCGUCAUGGACCCCAACCGCUUCGGUGGUGUCCCCGUUAUUAAGCUGGGCUCCGACUUCAAGAAGGUCUCUGACUUCCAGAAGCGCAUUGCCAGCAUUCCCCGCAUCGUCGAGCUGGACCACCUCACUGUUACCGGUCCUGUAAACCUCGGCCGCAACGUCACCCUCAAGGGCACCGUCAUCAUUGUUGCCACGGAGGGCAGCACCAUUGACAUUCCCCCAGGAUCCGUUCUGGAGAACUGCGUUGUCCAGGGUAGCCUGAGAAUCCUUGAGCAUUAGAUUUGAUAGACCGUUUUGGCUGGUAUUUGCCAGGUCUCUGUUUGAUUGACUUGCUCUGGUGCAUCGAGGCUAUGGAUUCAGGGUGCAAAAGAAGUACUUGUAUUACUUUACAAUAAUCCAGCGUCUUUUUCUUUCUUAUUUGAUUGUUUUGGGUCUUGGGUAUUGGACUCCUUUCUUUGAUUUCCCCAAGUACUGUCACGGUCCUGGUCUAUCCUCAAUGCAUCUCAGUUUAUUCAUUCGUUUCA